AUGUCAUUCGCGACAACAAUCCCUCCCCUUCAAAGGAAGAAGUUUCAGCGUAUUGCAAGCUCUCCCGUUCCGGUAGUACGAGGCCCUCUUAAGGCUGAGAAUGUGGUUUCAGACCAAAGAUUGGCGUAUAUUCCCGUGCGUGCUAAAGGGACACUGGUAAGUUCGGCAGACGAGGCGUCAAAGGUUUGGCGAGCAGAUUUGAAAUCAAGUGCUGACGGGAGAGAGCUGGUCAUAGACUCGGUUGACCGUGCAAGUUUUGACUGGAUGCCGAACCCAGGGACUGUCCUUCCACGGCUUUUCAUACGGGUAUUCAACUCCGUGCAGUUGUCCUGGUCUCAAAGGUAA